ACGACCAGCGACAAAGACCGUCAAGAUGCCUUCCCACAAGUCUUUCCGCACCAAGCAGAAGCUCGCCAAGGCGCAGAAGCAGAACCGUCCCAUCCCUCAGUGGAUCCGUCUGCGCACCAACAACACCAUCAGAUACAACGCCAAGAGACGUCACUGGCGCAAGACCCGCAUCGGUAUCUAAGCGACUCGCCCACGAUAUCAAGCAGCCAACCUAUUCCCUCGAUGUCGACUCGUUCGUCGUUGGCGACCUGUUUCUGAAAGAAGCCGACUGUUUCGCUCUAGGGCCCGUGUUCCCUUUCUCAACGGAAGGAAGGAAAGGGUCCCCUCUUUUUUUCCAUCAUCGUGGGGGCUUGUGAAUCACGCAGGGAAUGACAAUCAAGAAUCAAAAUAUGGCGCUAGUUCUUUGCUAGGGGAUGCGUAUCACAAAAAACAAAACUUCUGGUUGAUGGAAAUUACAUGAUGA